UGUUAUUGAAGUAUAGCAAUCCCAUGGAAAUUCUAUUUAUUUACCGAUAAACGUUUUUAGAACUUCAGUCACGGCUCGUUAUUCUGUCGGUUUGGUUGCGUGGCGCGCAUUUUUUUGUAAUAUUUAAUAUCGGUCAUGGCAGGUUGUGGAGCAGCAAGGAAAAUUGGUUUUUUAUCCAAACUAUGUCGUUCUCAGGCAAGUAGAUCGUAUUUUUCGUACGUAAGGGAGCCUUCGCAUUUUAUCAAAGGAAAAGAGCCGAAAUGGGUAACAGCAGACAAAGCUUUCGAAGUUUUGGAAUCCGGAAACCUGGUUUUCGCACAAGGAGCUGCAGCCACGCCAGUAACUCUCUUGCAUGCUAUGACCGAACAUGGCAAAACGAAUAAGCUUAGAGACAUCGGAGUGUGCCACAUGCACACAGAGGGACAUGCUCCUUACACAGAUCCAGAAUGUGAAGGCAUCUUUAGAUCACUGUCGUUCUUCAUGGGAGGAAAUGUAAGGAAGGCUGUUGCAGAGGGUCGAAGCGAUGCCAUACCAAUUUUCUUACAUGAAAUUCCCCUUCUGUUCUCCAGGGAUAUCUUACAUCCAGAUAUUGCAGUUAUUCAUGUCUCUCCACCAGACCAUCACGGUUAUUGCAGUUUAGGAACCAGCGUAGACUGUGUAAGGGCAGCAUUGAUUAAAUCAAAGUAUAUAAUAGCUCAGGUUAACAAACAGAUGCCUAGGACUUUCGGCGACAGUCUCAUACACAUAAGUCACAUAGAUUAUGCCGUCAACAUAGAUGAACCUCUGCCCCAGCAUCCGGCCAAGAAACAAGACCCUGUGGAAAUGGCCAUUGGAAAGCACAUCGCUGAGAAUCUAGUGGUAGAUGGCGCCACCUUGCAGAUGGGAAUUGGAAGUAUACCCGACGCAGUAUUAUCGCAAUUGACGAAUCACAAGAAUUUGGGAAUCCACACAGAAAUGUUCUCCGACGGUGUCACCGAUCUAUACUACAAGGGUUGUAUUACAAACAAUCUCAAACCAAGGUAUCACAAAGGGAGAUUCGUCGUUUCCUUUUUGAUUGGAACCCAGAAAUUGUACGAUUUUGUCAAUAAUAAUCCAGCUGUGGAAGUAUUAACUGUAGAUUAUGUGAAUAACACUGAGGUAAUUGCUUCCCAAAAUUGUAUGACUGCAAUAAAUUCAUGUAUUGAAGUGGAUUUGACUGGUCAAGUCGUUUCCGACUCUAUCGGAACCAGGAUGUAUUCUGGGUUCGGAGGUCAGGUAGAUUUUAUUAGAGGCGCAGCGCAAGCUCAUGAUGGUAAAGGAAAGCCAAUAAUUGCCUUACCUUCUGUCACCAAAAAGGGUGAAUCAAAAAUUGUUAGUUUAAUCAAACCGGGUGCUGGAGUGACAACCUCGAGAGCUCAUGUGCAUUACGUUGUUACUGAACAUGGUAUUGCAUAUUUGUUCGGAAAAUCUCUGAGGCAGAGAGCAUACGCUCUCAUCAAUAUCGCACAUCCUAAUCACAGAGAACAGCUAGAAAAGGCUGCUUUUGAACGACUGAAGGUUAUGCCCUCUGCUGGUUAGAUUCAUAAAUUCAAAUAUAUACCCUAUCAUAGGUUAUAUAAGUUCAACGAUAUACCUUAUUUUAAGUUUAAAACAAAAAUCAAUACAACCUACACAAUAUUUUUAUAUAGCAAUAUGAUUCAAGAGAAACAAAUAAAUUGUUAUAUAAUAUUCUUUAUACCGUCUCUGAUUUUACCUUGUCAAUUAAUUUGAGGUUAUGUGAAAGAUUUAUAAGAUUGAAUAAAAAAUUUGAGUU